CUUCAAACUUCUCACUACUAUAGGCAUAAACUGACUCCAAUUUUGUUAGUCUCGUAAAAUGAUCAUCCAAACCGUGUCACUUAGGGAUCCAAACAAAAACUAUCUCUCUUGCAAGGCCAGCGAUGGGAGUCUAAGGUUCGACCUGGUCGAUCUAGACCCCUCCUGUAAGUUCUUCAUGGUCCCUAUGGGUCGUGGAAGGACCUGUUUGAAAGGCCCUAAUGGAAGGUUUGUCGACAUCCACGGAAACAGGUUUCGGUGCGAUGGCAUUACCACUGGAGUGGGAUUUAUCUUCUCCGAUAAUACCCUCCAGCUCGACAGAGGCAAAUACCUCAGCAAUGUUGUCGACAACAAUACUAUCACAGCCAGGGACACUGCAACCAGUUUGGUGAUCAAGUCUACAUCGUUCGAAAGCUUCAGUGUGAGCACGUCAUUGUCCGUUCCCACGAUCACUUACGACGAUGUAUUCGUUGAGUGUCGCUACAGACCGGGAAGGGACUAUUUAGCUCUGAAGAAAUCCAGCGGAACCAUCAAUAUCACCUUCUCCAUCCCUUACUCGAUGUAUGGGGAGGGAAACGGAACCGUGGAGGUGAUAUUGAAUCACAUGAGGGAUAAUGUCGCUGGAGGAGUCAUCGACAUUGGAUCGAACAAUCAACCACUCAUUCAAAAAUACGCCCCUCCUACCAAGUUCGAAGCGCAGAAUUUAUCCUCUUUGUCACUAUAUCCGUUGUCCGGAGAGAAUACUCUAUCCAUCACGCUGUCCCAGGGCUUUUUGGGGACCUACUGCUUCUCCGAUGCUGCUUUGGUGUUCAAAGAUAAUAACGGAUACUUGAGGCAGGAGAAUUCCGUGCGAGAGCCGGGAACGUCUAUCGAUAUUUUCCUCAACGGAAGCAACAUCGAGGACCGCUACGACAAGAUCCCGACCGACUCAUUUGGUAUAUCCACCUUCCCUAUCCACAGUGACCGACUGAAGAAGAGCAACGAGCUUGUCAUAAAGCCCAAUGACGGGAAAUAUUAUAUCUCCGAUGUUAAUCUUGACGUGGUUUCCCUCCUCCCAAAUGUGACGGAGGAAAACUUCAAGACUUACAUCAAAAAUUGGAUUCUCCACCAGAGGAGAAAUAUCGGAGAGCUUAGCAAGAUCCCUCGAGGGGAUCUCUCAGCAUGGAAAUUCGUUAAAGAAGCACCUUACUGGUUCUUCAUCCCAUUCCUUCCCGUCUCACCCGAAGAGAUCAGCGUUCUCUUCGACUACUAUAACAUGAUGUUCGUUUCUGUAGCUUUUGAAAUCAGGAAUCUCAACAACAAGGCCAGAGACUUCCAUAAGGAGCUCAUAAGCACUGACCUCCCUAGAAAAAACGCUCUCAGGCAUGCGUAUUGGACUGCAAUGCUAUCCAGACGAUUCGGCUUGUUUUUCGCCCUGGAGCUCUCGACAGCCCAUGAGGAGGCUCAUGUUGAUUUGACAAUUGAAGGUCCCUUUGACCACGUCACUGACAAGAUCAACAACGCCGUGGGAUCUCUUCUGGGUUCGAGGACUCCUAGGUCCAAGAAUCUCCAAGAUGUGAUAGAUGCUGCUUGGGCGAACGGAGAGUUGGCGUAUGCGAAGGAUUUUAGAGAGACUUCUGGGGGGCAGACGGCCAAGAAGUAUAAUGUAAAGCCGAGGUUCAGUCCGUCAGAAAAGGAUACUUUGAAGAUGAUGAGGGUGACGGAACCGGAUGUUCCCAUUAUAUACUAG